UGAUAGUGCAGCCAGGCGCGUGAGAGAGGGAAGAGCUUAUUUUGCCCCACAAGCCACUGUAUGGCUGGAGCCUGCACAAUUUUCCAGUCAAGUAAAGCACUGAAGUGCUAUUUCUCCUGGACUGAUUCUUCAUAGGGGUCAAUUCCAAGAGCUUUAUUAACACGUGCCGCACAGCAAGAACAUGACUGCUGAUUUACACAAUUCCUCAUUUGACUACUACAACGGCACGCCAUGGUUCGUCUACGACUGCACCAUCCACCUGGACGAGGACAAUCGUCGGAUUGCUCUUUUCCUCCUCUAUCUGGUGCUGUUCAUGGUGGGCUUGGCCGAGAACAGCCUGGUGGUGUGGGUGAACUGGCGAAGAAGACACUCCGCGAACGGUGUGCUCUUCUGCAUUAUCAAUGUGAGCUUGUCUGACUUGAUGGUGGUCUUCACCAUGCCCUUCUUCAUGCUGGAGGUGACCAUGAACAAGGUUUGGCUGUGGGGACGCUUCCUUUGCAAGGUCACGCAUCUCGUAUACGUCAUCAACUUCUACAGUAGCUCCUUCUUCCUGGCCUUCAUGACUCUGGAGAGGUACCUGUCCCUAACACGGCCCAACGCGCCUGCCUGCUUUCCUCCACAGAACAAACGUCGCUGGUUGCUCUGCGCUGGAAUCUGGCUGCUGUCCCUUGUGCUGGCCUUGCUUGAGAAUGUACACGUUGAUCUUUUGGAAUGGGAUGAGCCGGGCUGCUACAUGAUUCCCGAGCAGUACUACACGGAAUGGUUUGUGUCUGUUUCUUUCCUGUGUCUCAUAUUCCAGUUCCUGGGUCCAGCAUCUGUCAUCAUAACCUGCAACGUUUUGAUUGCCCGAGCCGUCCGCACAGCUCCAGAGGUCCAAAAUCGCCGGGAUGUUUGGUUGGUACAUGUGUACUCGUUGGUGUUUGUGGCCUGCUGGUUACCGUACCAUUUGGUGGUGUUCAUGUUGACAGUGGAUGACAUGGAUCCACACCUGUUCUCCUGCAACACGGUGGGGGUGCUAUACUUCUCGUUUAGCGUCGUGCAAUGCUUGUCGCUCUUUCACUGCAUCGCCAAUCCAAUCCUCUACAACUUCCUCAGUAAGAGCUUCCGCAAUAAUCUGAUAAAUGCAGUGAUCAGCCGUAUCUCUUCACCGGCAGUUAGUACGCCAGCUAACGAUGUAGCCACAAAUGCAGGGACAACGGCGGUAAAAGAACGGAAGCUCAGUAAUACCAGCACAAGUCACUCAGAAAUUGGAGCUUGAAGAGGGAAACUCCGAUAUAAUUCUGUAGAGUGCUUCCUGAAUGCUGAUUUGAUGAACAUUUAAAAUUACUAGGAAAAAAGGAUGUUCUAAAAUGUCCAUGUUAAAGGUGCCGAACAACAACAGAUCAUGUUUUUUGGCCAAUUGCCUGGUAACUAGCUAUAUUGUCUCCUGUUUUUCUUACCUCAGUAUUGUUAAGAGUACAAGGAAGGAAAUAUUGUAAGCCUUUCAUAACCUUUAUUUCCACCAGUUCCUCUGAUCACAUCUAGGAACUCCUAGAAAUAUGCAAUAAAAGCUCUUUCCACAUUG